AGUCAGCCUUGGGAGCAUGCAGGAAAAAAAAUAAGAAGAAGUCAUUCAAGAAAUCCACAGUGCUCGAUCAACCGACUGUGGGCGCGUGGAUGGGGCCGCGGGCCAAAGGGCCAGGUCAAAAGGCAGAACCGAAGAACAACUACGAAUUUAGAUGGAAUCUAAGUGGUUGCUAAUGAUUGGGCUACCUCCAAAAAAUGCCCACAGUCGAUUGUCAAUCUUACAAGUGACUUCUUUGUGCUCAGUGACUUUCGCUCCUUACACGUUGCCCCCAUGAUUGAAUUGUCGCCAUUGCCAACUCUUGACAAACAUGCGCCUGGUGCAUCCUCCAAAGAUGAAACCAUGGCUCAACUAUCAAAUUUUGAGGAUCUCCUGACCUUGGUCGGGGGCUGGAGUCGUUACCAGAAAACGGUUUUGGGCUUCUUUUUCAUCAUUUGUAUGUUUUUGGCCUACGCUACGUACACACCGAUUCUGUUCCUUUACACCCCCGAUCACCAUUGCUCCGUGGAUCACAUUUGGAAUGUCACGAAUGAUCAAACACGCUCCUGGAGUCGCGAGGAGUUGGCAAACAUGAUAAUCCCGUUUGAUGAGGUCACCGGUAAAAGGAGCAGUUGUCUUAUCUACGACAUUCCAUCAAGACAGCUCACCCAAGUGACCAAAGCAAACAUUACAAAUUUUCCAACCACCAAGUGCACUCAUGGGUGGACUUAUAACAUCACUGGAUUGUUCAGCUCUGCUAUAAAUGAGAUGGAUUGGGUUUGCGAUGACGCCUGGCGGGGACCUUUCAGUCAAUCUAUGUUUUCCAUGGGUGCCAUUUUCGGCAAAGUUGUCUUUGGAUACGUGGCUGAUUCUUAUGGUCGACUCGCCGCAUGCUAUGCCUCCAAUAUUCUGCUCAUGUUAGCUGGAUUGGCCACUCCAUUCUUCACUGACUUCAUUGGAUUUAUAAGCAUGAGAUUCUUGCAAGGAAUUGCUUUCGACACUUUUUUCGCCGUUUUCUACGUUCUAGCCCUUGAAUGCGUUGCAGCGAAUAAGAGAGCACUUAUCGGAAAUCUGGCCUUGGCUCUGGGAAUGACGGUGGCUGGAUGCUUCGAACCUUGGGCAUUGUAUUUUCUGAAGGAUUGGAAGAUUCUCAAUACCAUUCUCUACGCUCAAGUUGUUGUGAUUAUGCUCGCACCAUGGUUCGUGUUUGAGUCGAUUCGGUGGUUGGCCAGCCAAGGCCGAAUUGAUGAUGCUUUUGAAACACUCUUGAAAAUCGGCAAGGUCAACGAAAAGGAGGUGCAUCCAGAUCUCAAACCCGUCAUCAUGAAAAUUCUGUCUAACGAACAGAUCGAUGCCAACGGAGAAGCCAGUACGAAGCAAAAACAAGCGAUACUCUGGGAUCUCUUCAAAACUCCUAAUAUGAGAAAAAACUUCAUCCUUAUGGUUAUUGUAUUUAUGUUUACUCAUGGCUUAUUUGAUAUGAAUGUCAGGAUAAUUGGCAAUUUGGAGCAAAGCAUUUUCAUCACUUUUACCAUUUCGGCUUUUUUGGAGCUUCCAGCCGACUUGUUGGCCAUUGUGGGCCUGGAUUGGAUUGGACGUCGAUGGUCAGCCUUUCUCUCUUUGAUUUUGAGUGGUAUUGCCAUGCUCACUGGUGCACUCCUCACAAGUUAUCCCAUAGCCUUGUUGAUUAUGACCAUGAUAGGUCGAUUAUGUGUGACUUAUGCCCUCAACACGGUCUUCAACAUCUGCCUCGAGAUUGUUCCCACUGUGGUUAGAGGGCAAGGAAUGGCAAUGGCCAAGUUACUUGCUGAUUUGGCAAUUUUCACCUCCCCCUAUGUGGUUUUCACCGGCUCCAUUCAUAUGGCUAUUCCUUUCAUCAUCAUCGGCGUUCUAAGCAUUCUGUCCGGAAUUUUGGCCGUAUUUUUACCUGAGACCGCUGAUGAGCACCUACCUGAUACAAUGGAGGAUGGUGAAGCCUUCGGAAGGAAUCAAGACUUUUGGAAUGUGCCAAUCUUAAAAAGGCUCAAAUAAACACUACUUUUCCAAAAUAGUCAAGACAAAUGGCAAUCACCAAUUUGGUUGCAGAAUCGAAGGUAUCCUAC